AUGGGAACCAACGUUUGGGGUUACAACCCGUCGGUCCCUGCAGCAGCUAUCUUCUUGAUUCUCUUCCUGAUUGCUACCACUUGGCAUAGCUAUCUCAUGAUGAGAGCAAAUUCGUGGUACUGGAUUCCUUUUGUCAUAGGAGGCAUAUUCCAGGUCAUCGGCUAUAUUGCACGGAUCGCUGGACACAACCAUGAAACUUCUAUUCUGAUCUUCUCCAUCCAAAAUUUAACGAUCCUUCUCGCCCCUGCCCUUUAUGCCGCUUCCAUUUAUAUGGUUCUCGGUCGGGUGAUCUCUGGCCUUCGCGGGCAACAUCUGAGCAUCAUUCCAGUGAAGUGGCUGACCAAAAUCUUCGUAAUGGGAGAUGUACUGUCCUUCAUGGCGCAAUGUGCCGGUGGGGGUAUGAUGGCUAGCGGAGGAAGCAAAGCUGGAAUUCAGAUCACAAUUGUGGGGUUAAUCAUACAGCUCAUCUUCUUCGGCAUAUUCCUUGUGACUGCUGCGGUUUUCCAUAAGCGAAAGCUCAGAGAAUCGUCAUCCGAAAUGGGCGACGAAACUUUGAUUUCGGCUUCCUCUGAGUUGCACUGGACCACGUUACUUGGGGCUCUGUACGCUGUUGGAAUUCUAAUAUUGAUCCGUUCUCUCUAUCGGGUCAUAGAGUUCAUCGAUGGUUAUGGGGGCUACAUCAUGUCCCAUGAAGCCUUCCUCUACGUAUUUGACGCGUUGUUAAUGUCAUCUGCAAUGUUCAUUAUGGUCCGAUAUCAUCCUUCAUUCACUCUUCGACGGGCCGGCAAGGACACUUGGGUCUCGCUGUGA